CUGUCAUUACUGUGUUGUGCAUGGCUUCUGUUGGUAAGAAUAAAGAGGUCGCCAAGCAAGUCUCAAACAGGUAGAUCAUUAAAUGGUUUGAAGAGUUCGCUAUCGUAAUUCACACUUCGGUUCAUGAUGGAGAUGGAGGAUGGCAGACCUUUGUACGAGCUGAGGUUUGACGCCGCUGUCAAAGUGAUACAAAGCUUGCCUCCAGACGGUUCCUUUCAGCCCUCUAAUGACAUGAUGCUCAAGUUUUACAGUUACUACAAACAAGCCACACUUGGACCAUGCAACAUACCCAGACCUGGCUUUUGGGAUCCGGUGGGAAAAGUGAAAUGGGAUGCAUGGAGUGAUCUGGGAGAUAUGCCCAAGGAAGAGGCUAUGACCGCUUACGUUGAUGAAAUGAAGCUGAUCCUUGAGGGCAUGCCCUGUACAGAUGAGGUAGAGCAGCUUCUAAAGGUGCUGGGCCCAUUCUACGAACAGGUGGAAGAGAAAAAGCAGAUACAUCAGGUGUCAGACCUGUCCGCAGGUUUUGGAACCAUGAUAACAUCAGCACCUUCAAAAAGUGUCACAAAGAGCCUCAUUAGGACAAUGGAAAUGAAUGGUACUUUGGAGACACGGCAACCCAGACAGGCUGUUGAACCUCCGAAGCCCAAAGUCAUGGCACUGAAGGAACAGGGGGAGGAAGAGGAGUUUGAAUUUGAUGAGGAAGAUGAGAUGGAGGAUAGAAAAUUAGAAAUUGUUGAGAUAAAAGAGGUGAAAAAAGCCUCAGCCCCACAGCCGAAGAAAAAUGGCUCAUUCAGGAGACCUAAAGUACCCCUGUCAAAUGGUAAUGUGUGGAAUGGAGUGGGCCACCUCCCCAAUGGGACCCAUACCUCCAAGGCUGCCCUGAACAGUGAGGACUCAGAGGAGGGCCUCACCAACAGCACCCUGCCCUUGGAGCCCCAUGUCCAGGUCAACGGCCACCACGCAGAUCUCGACGCGGAUGUAUUCAGGCCCUAUCGAGCGGCCAGUGACUCAGACAGCGAGAUCUACUGCGACUCCAUGGACCAGUUUGGCCUGGAAGAGGGCUCUGAGGCACAAACUGACCGCUGUCUGGAGCUGGAUGAGGAGCAUGGGGAAAAGGGGGAGAGUAGUGGAGGGGCCAGUGUGGCGGGCAUCCAGUGUGGCGCGGAAGAUGGGGAGACUUGUGGAGGGGCCUCUCAGAGACAAAGACUGAAUGCAGGCAGGCCCAAUAGCUCCCUGGUCAGGAGAGAACGAGGUUCUAGGUCUUCAGGGCACAGUCCAGGUGCCCAGAAGCCCUUGCAGGGUAGCGGGGGGGACGGGGAGCGGUGGGGGGGCGCGGGGACACCAGGAGGCAGUCUGAAUGAACAGAUCGUCGUGGCGCUGGCCAGACUGCAGGAAGACAUGCAACGUGUCCUGGAGAGACUGCACACACUGGAGGCCCUCACUGCAUCCCAGGCAAGGUCAUCGGUUCAACCAUACCUACCAUCACCCCUGGCAAAGAAUAGUAAGAAACCAUCCUGGUGGCCUUUCGACGUGUCUCCCAGCACUGUAGCCUUUGCUGUUGUGUGGCCAUUUCUGGUGCAGUGGCUUAUCCGCCAAUAUCUUCAACGUAGGAGAAGACGAAUCAAUUGAAAAAUCUCCCAGCCCAAAUACACAGUGAUGAGGAGAAGAUUCUCCGCAGUCUUUGGUUUGUCCCGUCAUCUCCCUUAUGCUUUCCCCCACACCUCUGGAACUCUAGCUUUUGCGCUAUGAAGAUUGCACUCGGAGUAGUGAGUGGUGGAAGCCUCGCAAGCCACUAGCACUAGAAUUGAAAUCUAAGAGAAAUGUGAAUGUAUUGAACCACAGCUUGUAAUCGUGCAAAGCUUUUUUUGAGAUGAUAGGCUACAAUUACUUUACUACAUUAGUCAUUAUUUUGCUCUGAAGAAAUUACUAGGAUUUAACUUGGGAGGGGAAAGUUGUUUGUUUUUUGAUUAUGGCAUUGUUCGUUGAUCACAAUAGUUUAUUUUAUUGCAAGUAUGCCGAACAUCUUAUGGGCAUUAUAAGAACUAGCUUAUCUAACUUGUCCUACAAAUGCCUGCCAUGGACAUAAUGCAAUAUAUCAUAAGUUUUAGGCAAUGCUGCUAAUAUCGUGAUAACUGUCGGUAGAUAGUGUAUAUAUGAUGUAUUCUUUGAAAAGAUACAUUUAAUUCUGAAAAUGUAUUAUUUCUAAUAACAUGAAAUGAAAAUUAAGGCUUUGUCUUUGGUUAACCAGGUUGUUGUACAUUAAGUUAGGUUGUACAUGACUUCUAAAUGUUUUCUCUAGGAUGUGAAUGGUUCAUAUUUUGUAAUAUACUUCAUAUCUGAUCAUGUUUUUAUACACAUAGCUUGUGUAUUUUCUGAAUUUCAUCAACCCAUGAUAAAGUGCCUCGCCAAUGUAAGUUACGCUACGGUUCUGGGGUAUUGUAGUUAUGUUCACUUUCAAGUUAAACAUCUCAACAUUGGACCAAAUUCUUUAAAAAAAUACGAGAACCAGCUGGAUGAGAAAUGCUCAUUGGACACACACAAAAAAAAUGUAGGCCGAUCCAUCCCACACCUUGUUUACGGCAGUGAAAAGCUGUAUAAUGAGGAUUUUCAAAUUCAAACCGAACAUAUUGUUUUCUCUAAGGCAGUGUUUAACGCCAGUCCUCGAGUACCUGCACCAGCACACAUGUGUUGUAGCCAAGCACACCUGAUUAAACUCGUCAACUAAUCAUCAAGCGCUCAAUGAGUUGAAUCAGGUGAGUUUGUGCGGGUCUAAAACCCAAAACAACGUGUGCUGUUGAAGGUACGAGGACAUGGGAAACACUGCUCUAAACUGUAUGCUUUUGAACCAAUCAUAAGAUUUGUCUCUCACUUUCUUUAAAGGGCCAAUGCAGCGUUUUUUCUUAAUAUAAAGUAAUUUAUGGAUAACAAUUAAGUACCUUACUGUGAUUGUUUAAUUUAAAAUAGUUAGAAAAAAAUAGCAUAAAUUGCUUCUUAGCAAAGAGAAAUUUCUCAAGCAAUUAUUUUCUGAGGGAAACUGAACAUUUGCUGUUAUUGGCAGAGAUUUGGAACUUUUCUUAUUGGUCUAGUAACUAAUUGAGCACCAGGUGACGUUAUCAGGCAGGCCAAAACCGGCUGUAAUUUCAGAUAGUCUUUUCAAACAGCUCUUACAUUGAAAGGGCAUUAUAAUUUUCACAGUAUUAUUCCAACUUCAGUGUGGAAAUAUAAAACACAGGAAAAUCACAUUUUUUAGAUUUGUUUUUACUGUCCUUUUAAUAGCAAUAAUCUUUGUUUUAAUGUAGCAAAGUAUAUUGUGAUGUGUAAAUUUGGUCAUGUAUGGCA